AUGUUGGAAUCGCACCAUCCUGAAGUCUAUCAAGAGUUCAUGGCAGGAAGUCAUAGUGUGAGCCGUUCGAAGCAACCGUUUGCACAAGUUUGGCCCGACAUGGCCCUGGAGCAAUCAAUCAAUCUGGAUUCGAAGUUGGAAGGCGGCAUAAUAGGCAUGAGUACCAACGAAAAUGCGGUAGAGAAAUGGUUUUUAACCAGUCAUGAGAGAGCGGUAAUAACACAAGAACUCAAGAACAUGUGUGGGAUACAGAAUUGCGACAGGAUCGGAACGCACAAAGAAGCAAGUGCGACAAGAGUAACAAGAGAUGAAAACGAUGUGCAGAAGCUACUUGCUACGUUCAACGGUAAACUCCUCAGUGACCCUUUUCACAUUCCUGAUGACAUUAUCGACAACGAAGAACCGUUACCUUUGAGUAAUCUUGCCACAGGUGUUGUUCUACCAGAUGCUGAGGCUAAAAGACUUCUUGACGCAGCAGAGUUAGGAAAACAAAGCAUGGAGGGCUUUGUUUCAUCUAGAGUUCAGAGUAAAGAAAUUAAUUUCUGGGAUCCAAUUCAUAAGCUCAAAAUCAAAUCGUUCAGUUCAGUGGCAAAGAAUGUUACAAUAAAGAGCCAAAAAGAAAAGAUCGUAUCCGUUAAUGCUGAUCGCAAGCUUUUCGGUCGCCUUCUCGUAGCCGCAAAAAACAGGGAUAUCAAUCUGAAAGAAGUGCUUUCUUAUGAACUGUGCAGUGUGCCGAUUGCACUUGCACACCCUGACGGUAGUUUUCGGAAAACGACUAAAAGCACCUUAAUGCCGCUCUUAGAAAAGGAUGUCAACUGCAGUUCAAGCCUGCCUGCUUCACAGUUUCCUUCAGCCUGUCUAAUUGAUGCAAUGUCUCUUAUACAGAUGAUCAAGUCUGCAGGGUGUUCAACGUAUAAGGAGCUGUCUAAGAAGUACGAAGAGAUUGUCUUGACCGCAUUACACCGACCCGGCUGCACAAGAGUGGACUUAAUUUUCGACCAAUAUCCCUCUGUUUCAGUGAAGGCGGACGAACGCAGAAAGAGAGGGGAAUCAAGCUCCCUAGAAGUAAUCAUCCACAGUGGAUCAACGCGAGUUCCGAAGCAAUGGGCGAAAUACAUUUCAAACCCGAAGAACAAAGAAAACCUGGCCGAUUUUCUUUGUGAAACUUUAAGUGAACAGCUACCACAACGUUUAAGCUCCUCGGAAAAGGUCGUCUUGGCUGGCGGAUUUAGGGACGGAUCAAAGACAGUGUCGUUAACUCACAGCUCAGUGGCUGUUGAGCAUAAUCUACGCUCAGAUCACGAAGAAGCGGACACCAGGCUUCUGCUUCAUGCCAAACAUGCUGCCAACACCCACCCAAGGAUUGUGAUACAAUCACCAGACACCGAUGUCGCUGUGCUUUCAAUAGCACACUUUGAAGAUUUGUCGUGCCAAGAGUUAUGGUUUAAAACUGGUGUAAAGGACAGACAGAGAUACAUACCCAUCCAUGACAUUCACCUUUCCUUUGGCCGACUUGUUUCCAAGUGUCUGCUAUCGUUUCACGCGCUAACAGGAUGUGACUCCACCAGUGCCUUGUCUGGAAUAGGAAAGAAGAAAGCCUGGAAUGUGCUGCUCAAGAAUGAGCAGAUACAGCAGGACCUCAGCAAUUUUGGUAAAAAUCCGGUCAUUGAAGAGUUUGAACAGAAAGUCGCUGAAUCUUUCAUCUGCUCCAUUUACACGUCCGCACAAGAAUUUUUGAACUCCAAUGAUGCCCGAUACUUUCUGUUUUGUCAACGAAGUUUGAAGAGUGAAGAACUCCCUCCCACAUCAGAAAGCCUUUCUCAUCACAUCAAGAGAGCAAAUUUCCAAGCAUGUGUUUGGAACAGAGCCUUACAUCCAUUUCAAAGCAUGCCCUCGCCAGCAGGAAAUGGUUGGAAAUUGGAAGAUGGAAAGUUAGUUCCUGUGUUGAUGACACGAAAUCCCGCCCCAGAAGGCAUAGUGGAGUUGACAACAUGCCGCUGCACAACUUCCGAGUGCAAACGGAAUUGUUCCUGCAAGAGAAAUGACCUUGCAUGCACCGAAGCUUGUUUAUGCAUGGCCGACGAAGGAUGCAGCAACCUUUUCAACGAAGAAUCCUAUGUCUACGGUGACUCCAGUGACUCCGAGACUGAAGGACAAAAUUAA